GCCUGUUGCACAACAUGAUAAUAUAAUAUUACACUUACAACCUACAUAAUAUUAUUAUAAUGGUAUUUAAUUGGAUAAUUAUUAUAUACACUUAAAUUUAUUUCGGGUACAAAUUUGUAGCUGUUGGUCCUCAUGUGAGUCAUGCCCGAUGCCAUCAGUCAUCUGACGCCAACUGUACACUACCCGCCAAUUUAUCACAACAGUUGCCAUUUAGUAUAACGUUCUGUUUGUGAAAUAAAAAUAUUUAGCGAUAAUAAAUAAUCAUUCUUGAACUAUAUAUAUUCUGUUAAGCGUAUAACGUUUAUAACGGCUAUCAGAAUACAGAAACUGAUCCGAGUUGAAAAUCUAUAAUCGAUCCUCGAACGGCGUUUUUUCAUGUUUCAACGCGUUUAAGAACAUUUCCGUCUAUACGAUUGUGAUUGCAAUAAUUGCAGAAUCUUUGGUGAAAGCAAUUGUUUUUGUUUUUUUUCUCCGAUUAUCAUACAGGUUGUUGACUUCUUCAGACCAUGAAUUCUAUAAAAAUUGAACCGCUUGAGAACAAUCAAGAUUUUUCUGGUGUACUAAAAUGGGUUGAAAAUACAGCAGAAAAUAGAUCUUGGUAUUCUGUGAACGAAAAUUGUGUAUCAUUGGUCACUGAAAAUGAUAAUAAGGUUAUUAAAUGGGAAACCGAUUCGAUGGAUGACUGUUCGUGGCAAAGUUUUCUCGAAAUACCUAAAGUCGAACCUGACCAAAACAGCUCGCCGUCGUCUUACACUUCACCGCCGCGCCUCAACUGGACUAACAAAUUAAAUAACGCAACAGUGCAAAAUAGUACACCUAUUAGCCAGGAAAAUAAAAAUACUGACACACUGGAAAACGGGCAUAGCGUACGUGAAAAUUAUGUGAUAAAAGCGACUGAGUUCUUAAAUUCCGAGGCAAUAAAAAAUUCUCCGAUGGAUAAAAAAGUACAGUUUUUGAGGUCUAAAGGUUUGUCCGACCAAGAGACAAAAUUAGCUCUCAACAGAUUGUUAAUGGUCAGCGACCAAAAUCAUAGUUCUCCCGUCCACAAUAUAGUAUUUCAACCGACGAACGAAACUACCCAAAAUAUUUUGACAAGCGUUAAAGACAACAAAUUAUUUCACUGUGACAUCUGCGGUGAAAAUUUCAAGUUGAAUUUUGGUUUGAACAGACACAUGAAAAAAUCUCACGGCCAACAAAAUACGAGUAUAUACAGCAAUACAAACACUACUAAUAGACUGGACAACGAAGACCGUAAAUCGGUCGAAAAUAAUAGUAAACUAAGUAUAAAGUUACUCAAGUCAAACGGUAUCUGGCAGAGUAAAGUGCAAUCUGUGUUUAAAUGCAAAUUGUGUCUGAAACAAUUCGACAUCGAAAGCAAUUUGGUACAACACAUGGCUAUUCACACGGACCCUGAUGCGAAAAAGCAAUGUAAAAUAUGUUUGAACUUUUUCUCCAGUAAUCAUCUUUUCAAUCACAUGCAACAAAUGCAUAACUCAAAAGUACUCUUCAAAUGUGAACAUUGCGGUUGUGAAUUCAGCAAUAAAAAUAAUUUUAAUUGUCACGUUAAACACUGCACGAACAAAAGCCAGAAUAUGUGGAAAAAGUUCAAGGUGGCUAACAACUCGUUAAAACAAUAUCAGUGUAAGUUUUGUAAACAAUUGUUUACAUUAAGACGCAAUUUGCUGAAGCACAUAAAAAUUUACCAUAAAAAUGUUUCGGAUCAAAACAAAAUAUCACAACACAAUCAAAAUUUAUCCCAUUGUGAAUUAUUGAAUAAAGUCUGCGACGAUGAUGAAAUACCAAAUGGAAACGACAACAAAGAAAAACAGGCAAGUGUGUGUUCUAACAAUGUAAACAGCAGUCAGAAUUUAUACUCGGAAAUUAUUAAUAAAUCGACAGAAGUAGACACCGAUAAUAUGGUUGCUGCUGAUUUGAGUAAAAAAAUCAAAUUAGAAUGUGAAGAAAUUGAAAGUAAUUGCAAUUACUUGGUGAUCGAUGGUUUGUUCAAUCAGACACACGUUAAAACCGAAGAAAACACUUCAUUUGUGUCCAUUAAGUCGGAAACUGAUUCGACAAAAUAUUUUAAAUUCGCUUGUAAUCUUUGUACGGAAACGUUUUUCAAUAAGCAUGGUUUAGCUAUGCAUUUGCCAACACAUGAAGAAUAUCUAAAGCCAAAAGUAUUAGAAUGUUACGUGUGUAAUAAGCAAUACGAGACGACUAAGCAGUUGAAAGAUCAUUUACGAUAUCACGAACGUUUAUCAAUGACUGAUCCUAAACCAUCACCGCCACCACGACCAUCACCACCAUCGCCACCACCAGCAAGCCCUACAAGUUGUCCAGUUUCUAAAAAUUCUGUUUUAUGCGAUGUGUGUAACAAGGUUUUUAAGAAUAGAUUUAUUUAUGCCAAUCAUAGAAGACACUUUCAUAAACUAUCAAAAAUCACUAAGCACAAAACUCUAGCGUUGAAACAUGAAGGAACUACGUCUGAAUCCAUGGAUACUGUCGGUCAAAAUAAAAAUACAGUUUCAAAUGUACCGCUAUUGACUAGAAAUAUGAAACGUGAUUGCACCAAUCAUGAAAAAUCUUAUACCAAUAUCAGUACUCCUAACUUGGACAAUAAACUCUCGACAAAAAGAGGUGUAGCCAUUAAUAACACAAAACUAAACAUAUCCAUAAUCAAAGAGGAAUAUUCAGUUUUAUCUGACAGUGAAACAAAAACAUCGAGUAAUAAAUUGUCAAAGGAAAGAUGUUCAAUAUGUGACAAAUAUUUUGGCUCUGCCAAUCUACUACAAAGGCACAUGUUAGCCCACUCAAACGAUAGACCUUAUAAAUGCCAAUACUGUGACUUGAGGUUUAAAAACAGAGGCAAUCAAGGUCGCCACGAAUUGGUCCACACUAAAAAUUCACAUGCAAAGCAAGGUAGUACUGACAAAGUGUCAAAAUUAAAAAACUCUACAAACGAUCAUUCUCGUAGUGUUACGACCAAGCAAGAAACACUACAUCCAACGCGUUCAUUGUGGUUUGGUUGUGACAUUUGCGACAAGAAAUUUUGCAGUCCGAAAAUAUUAUUUAGCCACAGGGUGACUCAUAUUAACGACUGUGAAUCUUACAAAUGUUGCUUCUGCGAUAAUAGGACAUUUACUUUAAAGCACAAUUGGAUCAGACAUCUUGACAUCCAUUACAAAAACAAGAUUUACAAUGACCUUGACAAAGUUAUGUUGAUUUACAAGUGUCGCUGUUGUAAAAAAGAAUAUAAAAAAAGAGGGUUCUGGCACGUACACUUACUAAAAAGCAAACAAUGCCGUCGUCAUUCUAACGCGCCCGACAUUAUAUCUAAAUUGUCUGGAAAAAUGCCUGCAACUAGCAGUGUCGACAAGACAGCAACUGAUCAAACAGAUGGAGAGGACAAGGAGACCGCAGAUCGAGUUUAUUGUAAUUUAUGCGACGGGACCUUUGCACAUGUCAAAAGUUUGAGAAAACAUCAACAAAACGUACAUUCAUUGCUGAUGAACAACAAUAGAAAUAAAAACGUUAGUAACAACAGUAAUGAUAAUAAUAAAAAACCGCCGAACAAAGUUCAAGAAGUAUUGAGAAAAUUUAAAAAUUGGAAACAACGUGAGAACGCAAACGUUAGUGGCAGGGCUAACACAAAACUCAGUUGUGACGUUUGUGGAAAAAUAUUUAUCUAUAAAUUAUCUCUGGUCAAUCACAAAAAGACGCAUAUGUCUGCGGAGGAGACGUACGAGUGUAAAGAUUGUGGAAAGAAGUUUAAUGAGAACACAGCGUUGGGAUUACACAUUUUAGAAAUUCAUUGUUCCAAGCCCGAUGUGACUGCUAAAAAGUACACGUGUGAUAUUUGUUUCAGAGUAUACGAAAAUCAUCAGCAAUUAAUUUGUCACAAAGAAUACCACUCCAGUGGUAUGAAUAAACCGUUUUCUUGCAAAGAGUGUCAAAUCGGUUAUGUACAAAGAUGUGGUUUGCUCAGACAUUUAAAAGCUCAUCAUUCUACUUAAUUUGCGAAAUAAUUUAACUGAGUAGUUAUUUUAAAGGCAUUGCAGAGAAGUUUUAAGUUUUAAUUUUGACGUUUCCAAAAAGUGUUCAGUUAUUAGUGUUAUUCUUAUUUCAAUAAAUUUAUCACAAUUUUUCUAUAAAAGUAAAACUCAUUUUAAGUUUAUCUAUUAAACUAAUUAAAGUUAUCAUUUUUAUACAC